AUGUUCCCCGAAAUGCCCUUCUGCAAGCCCCCAAAAAAUCCCAUCUUCAUCACUGGUCUUUCAAAAGAACAAUAUUUUUCACCGAGUUAUGUGGGCUUUUUGGGUUUCUUUGUCUCGUUUUGGUUUGUUCUUGCCUUGUGGCUUGUCCUGUUUCUCUCUGAUCUCAUGAAGAAGAUGAAAGGUGCUGUCUCCAUGGAGCCUCCUUAUGAGGUGUAUCAGGAUCAGAGGACUAGGUUGAGGCACCAGAGUCUCUUGCAGGAUUAUGAAGACCUGUACAAGGAAACAGAAACCAUGAGAAGGAAGUUGCAGGCUACUGAGCAAAAAAAGUUGAUACUGGAAGAUGAAGUUAGAUUUUUGAGGCAUCGAUUCAAAUACUUGCUAAAACAUCCUAUUCUAAAGCCUCAACCAAAGAAAGAAGUUGUAAAGCCACAGAAGCUCAAAAUUCAAGCUCCCAUCAUCUCCAAGGGUAAGAAUUACAGUAGAAAGGAUCCUACUUCGCGAUCCUACUCUGCAUCUAAUUUGAACCCAAAUGGAAGGAUUUCCAAUGUGGUGGAAGUCCCAUUGCAAAAAACUAGCCAUCUGUUUGAUCUAAACCAGAAUGCCAGAAAUUCUAGUUCUAGUAAAAAAGAUGUCACUAUUCACGGUUCUGCUUCACCGGCACUUGACUUGAAUCAUAAAGAAUGGAUUCACAGCAGCAAGGAAGCCACAAAGAAGAGCGUAACUCCAUUUUUUGACUUGAACCAGAUUUCGAGAGAAGAGGAAGAGUUGCAAGGCAACAGUGAGACCAUGAGGAUUGAAGAACCAAAGAGAAUUACACAAAGAGUUGCAAGUGAUGAGCAGCACAACGACAUCAAGCUCUCGGCUUGUAGAAGUGUUGGUGACGGAUCAAAUAGGGCAGGGAAGAGGAAGAUUUCAUGGCAAGACCAGGUUGCAUUGAGGGUUUGA